GCCAUCAACCACAGCCACACUCCCAAACGAUACCAUGAGUGAAUUCCCCCCUGCUAGUCUCCGUCCCCUGAUCGAGGAAGUUUUCGAACUUCUUCGCGCCCGCGUGGAGACCAUUUCCGUUGCCGAGACCGCUUCGGGCGGCCUCAUCUCCGCUUGUCUCCUCUCCACUCCCGGCGCAUCUUCCAUCUACAAAGGCGGACUAACCGUCUACACCCUCGGAUCCCGCAUCGCCUACACCGGCUGGACUCCCCAACACAUCGACGCCUACGCUGGUCCAACCCCCGGUGUUGUGGCGGAGAUCGCCGAGAACGUGCGCUCGACUCUGCAUUCCACCUAUACGGUCUGCGAGAGCGGAACGGCCGGACCAACGGGAGCAGAGACUCAGAAUCGGACUCCAGGAUAUGUGGCACUUGCGGUGGCGACGCCAUCGGGAACGGUGACGAGGGAGGUUGAGACGGGCAGUGCGGAGCGGGCGAACAAUAUGGUGUUGUUUGCCGGGGAGGGAUUGAGGUUGCUGAGGGAUGUUCUGGUUGGGGAGAUUCGACCAAAGGUAUAAUUGUGGAUGGGGUACUAUAUAAAUUGACCCAUGGUUCAUGCGAAACUCAGGCUGGCUGCUUCUAUUUAUGGAUGUGCUGUAGCUAGUUGCCUACUUGGGUAGACAUACAUGCCUUCCAAGUUCCUCCCGCUGGACUCCGUAUGUCGGAGGGUUAGUCGAUGUGUCUCGUAUUGGGAUGCCUAUGCUUCCUUCCUGUGUAUGUGUUACCAAUACCACCGAGACUGGAAGGCAGAAGAAGAGACGG